AUUCCUCUGACUCCGAAUACACACUCUCAGAGCCAGACUCCGAAGAGGAAGAAGAUGAGGAGGAGGAGGAAGAGGAGACCACUGAUGACCCUGAAUAUGACCCUGGCUACAAGAAGCUUGGCAACUAAGAACCUUCGAGAAUAGAACCUGAAUUACCGUAAUGGCCAUCAUUAAGUCAUCGCUCACAGUGGACCAGGCCCUGGGCUAAGCGCUUUAUAUGGACAAUCGCCUCGGAUUCUUAUGAGGUCCUGCGGCAGCCGGAGUUGGGGAGCAGGCUCCCUGGGGCCAUUCUGCGCAGGCGCCGGGAAGGGCUGUGUCCCUGAGAUCGCACUUCCAAGACAUACCGCCUCCUGAAAAGAGUGACGUCAGGUUAGAGCUCCAGGAACGCAUCUGGACGUCCCCAAAUCCCGGCGCUCCAGCGUCUUCAGCCCACCUCAGUCCGACGCUAGGGGCGGGGCUUCUCGGCGGCCGACCGGCCACCGUCAACGGAGCCCGCCAGUGUGCUCGCUAUGCCUCUACCGCGGGGUGAUGUGACUGCCUUGUUCCUGGGGCCUCCGGGCUCGGGAAAAUCCGCACUGAUUGCAGAGCUGUGCAACAAGGGUGUGGAAGUGGUGGAGAUCCCCGAUGGACGACCAGACCCUGGGAUCCCCAGCCUGAGAGCUGCAGGCCCAGGCCUCUUCCUGGGUGAGCUGAGUUGCCCACCCGCAGCACCAGGGCCCUGGGCAGCGGAGGCUAACGUGCUGGUACUGGUGCUGCCCGGCCUCGAGGGGAAUGUGGAGCCUUUGGCCCCAGCACUGGGGGAGGCAGCGCGGGCCGCACUGGCCCGAGGGACCCCGCUGCUGGCUGUGCGGAACCUCCGUCCUGAGGAUUCACAGAAUGAAGCCCAGGCCCGGGAUGAGACAGCGGCCCUGCUGGACAGUGCGGGGUUGGGAACCGUGCCUCUCUACGUGCUGCAGGCCGACUGCAGUAGCAGCAGCAGCGAUAGCUGCAAGGAACUGGAGCGCCUGAGGGCGACGCUGCAGAGCCAGGCAGAGGCGCUGCAGAGGCUCCUGCCACCAGCUCAGGAUGGCUUUGAGGUGCUGGGAGCAGCUGAGCUGGAAGCUGUGCGUGAGGCCUUUGAGACUGGAGGCCUGGAAGCAGCACUGUCCUGGGUUCGUGCUGGCCUGGAGCGACUGGGUAGUGCGCGGCUGGACCUGGCCAUAGCUGGCACCGCUGACAUGGGCUUUGUGCUGGACAUGCUGCUUGGGUUGGAUCCCUGGGACCCAGGUGCUGUGCCUGCUUCUUUGCCUGCUGGGCCCACACCCUAUCCUGCCCCAGAGCGCCCCAAUGUGGUGCUCUGGACCGUGCCUCUGGGCUCUGCAGCCACAGCUGCCGCCCCGCACCCCACCCACUAUGACGCCCUCAUUCUUGUCACCCCUGGGGCUCCCACUGAGGAGGAUUGGGCCCAGGUACGGCCCUUGGUGCUACCGGAUGCCCCCCUCGUCUGCGUGCGAACAGACGGCGAGGGCGAGGACCCGCAAUCUCUGGAAGAAGAGGAAAAGGCAGAGAAGCCCAGCGGGGAGAGCUUAGAGAACGCAGGCGGAGGGGGGUUGGAGGAUGCACGCAGAGAAGGAAGGGAGAAACACAGCACUGGGCCACAGAAAGCGGGCGAAGUGGGAGAUUCAGAAAAAGCGGGCAGGGAGAGUUUACAGCAGGUUGGUGUCAAUGCGAAGCAAUCGGACAGUGGGGACACAGAGCGUGCAGCUGCCUGGAGCCCGGAGGAUGAGACCUGGGAGGUGCUGGAGGAGGCACUGCCGCCAGUUUUCCCUCUGCGGCGAGGCGGACUCCCUGGGCUCUGCCAGUGGCUGCGGCGUGCGCUUCCCCCAGCCCAGGCAGGAGCGCUGCUGCUGGCGCUGCCACCCACGUCCCCACGUGAGGCCCGAACCAAGGCUGCAGCACUGCGGUCUGGGGCAUGGCGGCCAGCUCUGCUGGCUAGCCUGGCCGCAGCAGCAGCACCAAUACCUGGGCUUGGCUGGGCCUGUGAUGUGGCACUUCUGCGAGGUCAGCUGGCAGAAUGGAGGCGGGCGCUGGGGCUUGAACCCGCAGCACUGGCCAGGCGGGAACGCAUACUGGGCUUGGCUCCGGGGGAGCUGGCAGAGCGGACACGCUUCCCUGGCCCGGUGACACGUGCUGAAGUGGAGGCGAGGCUGGGUGCAUGGGCGGGUGAGGGCACUGCGGGGGGUGCAGCGCUGGGUGCACUCUCUUUCCUGUGGCCCGCAGGUGGCGCAGCAGCCACUGGUGGUCUGGGCUACCGUGCAGCCCAUGGUGUCCUGCUGCAGGCGCUGGACGAGAUGCUGGCUGACGCAGAGGCAGUGCUGGCACCCCAUGCGUCUGCUCAGUGAGAGUUGGAAUGAAGGCCAGGGCUUCCCGGGUCUCCGCGACCUGGCUACUUGGCUACUCUAAGUCCAGUUUAGAAGAAUGGAGUUUGGGGGUCCAGACUCUGGCAUGGGAUGUCUGGGCAUCUGAAAGAACAGAGCUUUGUAUUGCCACUCAGAAUCCUGGUGCUUCAGAGAGAUGAGACUUGCUGCUUGCUGGGAUAUGUGACUUCUAGUUACCCGGAUUCCUGGGUCUUGAAGGGGAAUAAAAUCAGAGGUCAGUACUCCUCUCAUUUCUCUCGGGAUCAUGGGACAGUACCCCUAGACUUGUGUCCUGAAGGGAGUUGAGGGUGGAUUUCUGGAAGGGGGUAUUAUCUUAGUUUCCAAAGGAGUAGAUACUGGAUGUAUUAGACAUCUAGUCCUCCAGGGAUUGGGGGAAUGGAAGGCCUGAUUCCUGAUGAAGGAUGUCUCCAUCAUACUGGGGAUUCCAGAAUGGAGGAAAGGGUCUGGGUACUCCAGGGAGCUGGAACUCUUGGACUUAUGAGCUAUGAAGGGAUAUAGGGUCUAGGUUUUCUAGAGAGAAUAGGUCUGCACACAGCCUCUCAGGUCCUCAAGAAGCAGGGGACUUUGAACCUUCAUGGGGGCAGGGGCAGUCUCUGAAGUCUCGGACUCCUGGCUCCCAAGAGGACUGUGGACAUUGGUUCUUAAUUCCUAGUUGGUGGGAGGUCUGCAUCUAGAGGAGGGAACGGGGCUGUGACAGAGCUAGAAACUCUUCAGUCUGUUUUGGGGAGUAGAGAGAUGUCCAAUGUUUGCUCCUGGUGGGGGAGGGGGGCUCCAGCUGU